ACUUCAGAUGCGUCAGCACAGCGCUAAAGUGAGCGGGGUUGUGGGAUAGGAGACAAUCGCAGCCCGCAGUAAUCUUGUCAUGAAGGAGGCUGAAGUCCUGGUAUCGAUUCAAGUGAGGUUAUUUUAAUUCUAAAUCUGUGUAAUUUACGAACAUGUGAAUAUGAAGAUAUAAACUUGAAUUUCUUGGAGAUAAUUUGCUAUUCUUUAGUCAAAGAAAUUUGUGAUUACGUUCCUUGUGACAUUCCAUUUAUAUCAACAUGAAGAUCGUACGUGAAGACGUUUCAAAACUCGAAGAAGAAAGAAUCAUUCCAAAGGAGAAGUCUAUUCUAACAAGUGAGAAUAUUCAGGUCGCAUCAACACAGAGGCCGAUCUCGAAGUCUCCGCUUACGUCAGUGUGCGAGGUGACGUCAUCUCUACUGCUCAGUGCUGCACCCGCUGUCAACCCGGGGCUGCUGCGAGAAAUGGGAGUCACCUGUGUUGUGAACGCUGCCUCUGAGCUACCGGACACUCCAUUACCCAAUGACCGAGAGGUUGCGUACUAUAAGGUCGACGUUGAGGACAGACCCAAUGCAGACCUUCUGUCUCACAUGGAUUUUGUAGCGGACAUGAUAGAGGAGGUGCGAUGUGCAGGGGGCAAGACACUAGUGCACUGUGUUGCCGGUGUGAGUCGCUCUGCCUCCUUGUGCCUCGCGUACCUCAUAAAACACGAAAGGAUGCCUCUGAGAAAAGCUUUCGCUCAUCUGAGGUCAAGGCGGCCUUCGAUCCGUCCAAACACUGGCUUCUUCACGCAACUGAUAGAGUUCGAAAGAAGACUAUUUGGUGCAGCCACGGUCUCCAUGGUACACAAUCAGGCUGCAGGAACCAUCAUACCAGAUGUGUACGAGGUGGAGUACCAGAACAUGUUGUGGUACCAGAAACACUAUAGCAGGAACUUCAGGCCACACUGAUACAAAGUGUCCUGGUGCAUUGGAGCAUGCAGUUUUACACGCUGAUAUUCUUUCACGGGAUCUUUUAUCCAGAGAAACCAAUUUCGUGCUUGUGGCCACAGUUUUAUUCUAUAUAUGGCACAGUUAAGAUAAUUAAGUUAAUAAAAUGAGUGAUGAAUGUGA